AUGGCACAAAGAGCCCAGCAGAUUGCUUCACACCUAAACUAUCCUGCCGGCUUACUCGCAGGGCAGGUUGCUAUUGUCACAGGCUCUGGACAAGGCAUCGGCGAAGAAACCGCCCGCCUCUUUGCGAAUGAAGGUGCUAAAGUCAUUAUCGCAGACGUAGACAGUGCGAAAGGUGAUGCGGUAGCCAAGUCCAUCAACGAUGCCUUACCAGGACGAGCAAUCUCAGUACCCGGCGACGUGACGGAUCCCAACUACUUCCCCGUUUUGGUAUCGAAAGCUGCAGAGUUUGGCAAUGGCAAGAUUCAUAUUAUUGUCAACAAUGCCGGGUAUACAUGGGAUGGUGUCAUCCACAAGAUCACCGACAAGCAGUGGGACACCAUCAUUGCGGUACACUGUACAGCUCCCUUCCGGCUGAUCAGACAGGCCGCACCUUAUUUCAGAGUUAAGGAUGGCGAGAAGAGAAAUAUUAUCAAUAUCUCUAGCACGAGUGGUACACACGGAAACGCUGGUCAGGCAAACUACAGCUUGGCCAAAGCAGGCGUUGUAGGCUUGACCAAGACAAUUGCCAAAGAAUGGGGACCACAGUUCGGUGUACGUGCCAACACGAUUGCCUUUGGACAUAUCGAUACACGUUUGACACGAGCUAAAGAGUCCGGGGCCUUCAUCACCACAGCCGAUGGCCAGCGUGUCGCUCUUGGUAUUCCGGGCGCCCAGAUAGCAGAUCGCAAGGGUUCUCCGGAUGCCGCGUACAAGGAUAUCCCCCUCGGCCGUCCUGGUACAGCGACCGAGGCUGCUGGCUCGAUCCUUGGUGUUGUCAGCCCUUUCUUCAGCUAUGUCAAUGGACAGACCAUCGAAGUUACUGGUGGUCGGGGAAUUUGA